CCCAGAUGAUGCAGGCCCAGUGAUGCAGCAUUGUGUAUGAACCAAAAGUACGCCCUUCGGACUAACGUGCAAUACUGGUAGAAGAAAGAGCUUGCAAGGAUGUUAGUGGUUCGUGAUGAUACUUUGGCCGAAUUUGGCGGGAAUGAUCCACCGAAGAGUCCGGUGGAGGUCGUUCGUUUUAUUGCCGGCUAUGUGAGACUUGGUGGUAACUAUAUAAGAAACAGCCCAUCUUCUCUGAUCGUUACUUCUCCCCACUCCCGUCAAAACUCUAUCCCACUUUUAACCGGCUUCCUUGCCCGGACUUCCGACUCGAAAAGGCCCGCUCAGCAAGCCACAAAGUUUAUCCGGUAUGAGCUCGCACUCCGGCACUCUGGUCGACGAGGAGAAGGGGGUCCCAGAUGCAAAUGACACUGUAUCUACGACCAGGUCAGAGAGUGUAGAGGACCUUUACAUCGACCCCGCCGCAGAAAAGGAGCUCGUGUGGAAAAUUGAUCUGACGAUCUUGCCCCUUGGUGCGUGGCCGACCCUAUGUCCGUCUUCUUCAUGCGCUAAUGGUCACACGAAAGCCAUCCUUGUCUACUGGGUGUCUUAUCUUGACCGGGCGAACAUCGCCAAUGCCAAAGCAGCAGGCAUGGUCGCCUCUCUCGGACUCGGCACCUACGACUUUAAUACCGGUGCCUGUGUCUACUUUGUCGUCUACAUAUUCUGCGAGCCCUUCGCUGGGCUUGCCGUCAAACGAUGGGGUUUCAUCCUCAUACCGAUCUCUGUGCUAGGCUUUGCGGUGAUCACUCUGGCGACAGCCUGGAUCAAGAACAGCGGUCAAUUCUACGCUGUGAGAUGUCUACUCGGGGCGGUGGAGGCUUUCAGCAUGCCUGGUCUGAGCUAUGUGCUGUCCAGGUAUUACCGUCGGCAUGAGCUUACCGCGAGGUUUGGAAUCUUCAUGCUUGUGGCCAUCGGAUGCUCGCAAGGCUUUGGCGGUCUCCUGAGCGGUGCUCUAGUGGACGUCGGAUCUAUCGGAAACGUAAAGGGAUGGAGUCUGAUCUUCUUGGUCGAAGGCAUCAUUACAAUCGGCAUCGCCAUCUUCCUCAUCAUCUUCUUCCCUAGUGAUCCCACUACCACCAGAAUGUUUACACCCGAACAACGCAAAUUAGCUCUCAUGCGCCUCCAAGCUGAUGCUCCUCCAGGCGAGGACACGAAAGAACCCAUCAGCUGGGCAGGUAUAAAGAUGUCCUUCUUGAAUCUGAACAUGGCCGCAUACUGCUACAUGUAUAUCGCAAACUGCAUGUCAUCGCAAGGUCUCGCCAUCUUCACGACGUCCAUUCUUCAAGUCAUCUACCCCGAUGCGAGCACCAAGCGUAUCCAGUAUCUGUCGGUGGGACCGCAGGUUGUUGGGGCGUUCAUAGGGAUCCUUGGGUGCUUUGCGGCAAGCAGACUGCAAAGACAAGGAUACAUUGUCCUCGCCGGCGCCGGCUUGUGUAUCUUUGCUUACAUUAUUCUCAUCUCCACCGCCCAGCAGGCCUCCUCCAGCUAUGCCAGCCUUCGCUACUUUGCCCUCUUCAUCGUCACCGGCGGCGGCUACAUUUACGCUCCCUGCGUCCUCGGCUGGGCCAUGUCCAACGCUUCUCCCGACACUACCCGCUCUCUCACCGGCGCGCUUGUCACCGGCCUCGGAUCCAUUGGCUCCAUCGCGUCAACAUGGUCGUACAUUGCGACGGACGCACAUACAGGGUUCAGGGUAGGAAAUGCGUUGAAUAUAGGGAUGAAUGUAGGGACGGUGCUGGUGUGUCUGGGGUUAAUGGCGUAUCAAAAGAAGGAGAAUCGGUUGAGAGAAGGAGGUGGUAGGGAUUAUAGGUUGAUGAAGCCGCAUCCGGAAAAGCUCGGGAGACACCAUCCUGCGUACCGCUAUAAGAUCUAAUGAAUCAACGAAUGAAACGACCGCUGUCGAUAAAAGUCCGCAUGACUUAAGACGGAAGGAGAAAAGUCCGCUGUAUGGACCCAUGAGGCUUACAAUUAA